GGCAAGAUGCAUGCACCGUGAGUCGCAGUAGUGGGUUCAUUUGCAAAUGCUAACCUUAUAUAUGAUCAAACCAUAUAGGACCGCUUGUCAUACACAAUUGUGUCCGGCCAUGGUUUUAUGAGUAAGCUUGAGCUUUCGCUGCAGAGUUCCCUCAACUCCCUUUCGGUCCCUGCAAAGAAACUAGACACUAGGCUGUGGAACACUCCACCCCUUGCUAGCUUGGCGCUUUCUCACCGUUUACAUGAUAUUCUUUAAUUCCCUGUCUGUGGGCUAUGUUUCCCUUUUGGUAACAGAUGCCGCAAACUUUUCAUUCAUGUAAGUGGUCAUAAGACCGGCUUUAACACAAACGAAUCUUUUAAUGACGCUCAACAUUUUCUUUUUGUUUGAUUUCGGUUAGAACUAAAAUAUGCAACACACGCGGGUGAGUCAAGCACUUUUUGUGUUACAUUUUGUUUUCUUUUUGGCAUCCGUCCACGUCGAGUGCUCUAUUUCGGACAAGCUCAACUUUCCUGAUACAGAGCAAGAGCAUUUCAUCAAGGCUCAAUCAGACUUCUCAGUUGUUCAUCCUGAAAAGGUCGACAGGAAUGGACAGUACAUGUCUUACUCUCUGUCUCAUCACUUCUCAAGUGGACGUCACAAGAGAGACUUGGGAUCUUCACAUGGUCGGGUUUAUUACAAUCUUCAUUACAAGGGCAGGGAUCUCUUCUUUAACUUGACUACCAACAAACACCUGGUAGCAAAUGACUACAUACUGGAGAGACGUCACAGUGAGCUGAACCAUACACAACAGUUUGUAUCCAAAGAUAAUGCCUGUCACCUAAUUGGUACCGUCACCUACUCCAACCAUGUGGGAAAAGCUGCCAUCAGCACCUGUGAAGGACUGAGAGGGUUUUUCUCCCUGCCAGAGGGGCUGUUUUUGAUUGAGCCAGUGAAAGGUCACCCUGUGAGCCGCGAGGAUCCCAAGGAGGCCCACGUAGUCUACCGGAGUCCAGUGACAUGGACGGCGCCCCGACAUCGGCGGAGUGUCACGGAGCCACAGGAGAGGCAGGGUGCCUGUGGGGUCAAAGAUGGCGCUGACUUCUCUCUCAGGGUGGAGCAGGAGAGGGACGCGUGGGAACAGGAGCAGCGGGAGCAGUCGACCGGUGAGCCCGUCCCUCGCGGGAUCUCUCGCCGCUCCGUCAGCAAGGAGAGAUGGGUGGAGACCCUGGUGGUGGCCGACUCCAAACUCAUGGACUACCACGGCAGCGGCAACGUGGAGUCCUACAUCUUCACCAUCAUGAACAUGGUUGCUGGGAUUUUUCAUGACGCCAGUAUCGGAAACGCCGUCCACAUCAUCUUGGUUCGCCUCAUUCUUUUGCAUGGCGAAGAGAAACAGUUGAAGAUCGUUCACCACGCCGACACAACCCUUAACAGUUUCUGUACCUGGCAGAAGAAUGUAAACCCCCAGAGUGACACACACCCUGCUCAUCACGAUGUGGCUGUUCUCAUUACAAGGAAGGACAUAUGUGCAGGGGCCAACCAGCCGUGUGAGACUCUGGGCUUGUCCCACCUCUCUGGCAUGUGCCAGCCACAUCGCAGCUGCAACAUCAACGAGGACUCCGGUCUCCCCUUGGCAUUCACCAUUGCUCACGAGAUAGGACACAGUUUUGGAAUCCACCAUGAUGGUCAGGGCAAUGACUGCGAGCUGUCGGGGAGACACCCCUUCAUCAUGUCUCGACAGCUGAUGUACGACAGUUCCCCCCUUACCUGGUCCCCCUGCAGCAAGGACUACAUCACUCGCUUCUUGGACCGCGGCUGGGGCUUCUGUCUGGACGACCGCCCAUCCAAAAAGGACCUGACCACACCGCUGGCCACCCCGGGGGUAAAGUACAGCACGCACCACCAGUGCCAGCUGCAGUACGGCUCCAACGCCACCUUCUGCCAAGAAGUGGAUAAUGUGUGUCAGAUUUUGUGGUGUUCUGUGAACGGGACUUGUCGGUCCAAACUGGACUCACCAAUAGAUGGUACCAAAUGUGGCCCAGAUAAGUGGUGCAUUUCAGGUGAGUGCGUGGUGGUGGGGAAACUUCCAGAAACAGUGAAUGGGGGCUGGGGUCAGUGGAGCACCUGGUCUCACUGCACACGCACCUGUGGAGCGGGGGUGCAGUCUGCCGAGAGAGAGUGCAACCAGCCUAAGCCCGAGUUUGGGGGGACGUACUGCACGGGCGAGCGGAAGCGAUACAGGAUCUGCAACAUCAACCCCUGCGCCAAGAAACACCCGAGCUUCCGUGAGAUGCAGUGCAGCGAGUUCAACACAGUUCCAUACCAGAACGAGCUGUACGAGUGGAUCCCUGUCAUGAGCACAACUAGCCCGUGUGAGCUGCACUGCCACCCAGUGGACGGAGGCUUCUCAGAGAAGAUGCUGGACGCCGUGAGCGAUGGGACCUCCUGCUUCGUGAACAGCAGCAGAAGCAUAUGUAUCAAUGGUGUGUGCAAGGCCGUUGGAUGUGACUAUGGCAUCGACUCCAACGCAGAGGAGGAUCGCUGUGGGGUUUGUCUGGGGGAUGGCUCCACCUGCCAGACAGUCCAUGAGAACUUUGAUCAGCCAGAUGGCUACGGUUAUGUAGAUAUGGUCGUGAUCCCCGAAGGCGCCAGGGACAUUUUCAUCCAGGAGAGAGGGGAGGCCGGGAAUUUCCUCGCCAUGAAGAGGCCUAACUCGGAGGACUAUUACUUAAAUGGGAAUUUCAUCAUCCAGUGGAACGGAGAGUACAAAGCGGGCGAAGCCAAGUUUUUCUAUGACAGGAUAGGCAACCUGGAGAACCUGACAUCACCAGGACCCACCACUGAGCCAAUCAUGAUCCAGUUGCUCUUCCAAGAGAGAAAUCCAGGGAUCAACUACGAGUACACCAUAAAGAGGGAGCGACAGAGUGGGAAUGAGGUCCCGGAGCCGGAAUACACCUGGAGGCACGGAGCGUGGACUGACUGCAGCACCUCCUGUGGAAUAGGUGAACAGCUUCAGCCUGUACGAUGCUUCGAACGGGAUAUCGGUGUGGUGGAUGAAGUUUUGUGCGACCCAGAAAACCGCCCUGAAGACCGCUAUCGAAAGUGUAAAAUCAUGGACUGCCCUGCAAGGUGGUGGGUUGGGGGUUGGCAGCCGUGCACGGCCACCUGCGGUCUCUCUGGUGUGAAGAAGCGGACGGUCCUCUGCGUGCGCACCGUGACGGGGGAGGAGCGCGUGCUGCACCACGCGGACUGCAGGCACAUGCUGAAGCCCAAGCCGGUGGUUCCCUGCAACAGGGACAUGCCCUGCACCUCAGACUGGGCCGUGGGCAACUGGAAUGAGUGUCCUGUCACCUGUGGGGGAGGAGUGCGUUCCAGGGAGGUCACAUGCAUCGCUGAACCUAAAGACCGCUGCAACGCCACCACCAAGCCUCGCUCCAAGUCCCUGUGUGGCCUCCUCAGCUGCUCCGGCCAAAAGUCCAUGUACCACCGGAUCUCCCCCAAACGAGGCCCGACGCAGGCAGCCGUCACCACCUCUGUAGCACCAAAGACCGACCCAACCACACCGCUGACACCAACCGCAGCAGCCAGCACGCCGCAGCUCCCCACCGCCUCUGACAUCCUGCACACAGAUGAUUACGACUUAAUCGUGGUGGGGAACGCCAGCGCGGCUCCAGACGUAGCGCAUGCUGGCAGGAAGACCAAAGGCUCUGGAGCAGCCAGGGAGGAAGUGGAAGAGGAGGAGGAGGAGGAGGAGGAAGGAAGCAGCGCUGAUCCUCAGCCAGACACUGGAUCUAAUUACACCCCGGGAUACGAUUACAUUGUGGACGAUUCCGAUUCUAGGAACGAGAGGGUCGUGGACGUGGUCACCUCCAUGACAACGGCCCCCUUGAGGACUACCACGCAGUCACAUACAAUUAGGCCAUUGUUUACAACCAAAGUGCCCCUUCGCUCCACAACACCUCGUGGGGUGUACUGGACCCCACGCGCCACCUCCAAAGCCAAAAUCACAACCCCUUCCGUCAAACCUGUUAGACAGUGGACGCCAAAGCCGAGAAUUACGCCACUGCCCAAAACCACCUCUAAACCUCAGUCGAAGUCGAAGUCGAAGUCGGCGGACAUUCCCCGAACCACAGGGGCUCCGGCACACACUGUGAAGGUGCUGAAAUACCAGAAGACCUCAGUGGCCCAUAAGACCACCAGCAAGAGCCCCGAGGCCAAGAAGCUCAAACACAGACCAGGAAGUCCAGUUAGCACCACCAGUGCCUAUGGCAACCUCAACGCCAGGGAUCACAUCGGCAUGGAUGUCUUCUGGGUGGUCGGGAACUGGAGUGAGUGCUCCACCACGUGUGGGCUUGGUGCCGAGUGGAGGGCGCUGGUGUGCAGCUCCCCUCAGGAGGCCGACUGCGCGAGCGUCAAGAAGCCCGAGCCGGCACGUCGGUGCAACCUCCGGCCCUGCACUGGCUGGAAGGCAGGCAACUGGAGCAAGUGCCCUGUGGGCUGCAGUGAGGCCAUGCGCCAUCGGGACGUGCAGUGCCUCGACACGCAGAGCAAACGCCCACUCAGGCCCUUCCACUGCCAGGCCCUGACUCACAAACCACCCAGCAGCCUGCCAUGCAGCACUCUGCCCUGCCUGCAGUGGAAGAGCUCCCCCUGGGGGAAGUGCUCAAAGAGCUGCGGUGGGGGUCUGAGGGAGCGUCUGGUGUACUGUCCGGCGUUCCACCGCUGCGACACCACCCAGAGGCCAAACUUCACCGAGCCCUGCAACCAGCAGCCGUGCACCCACUGGGACGCUGAGACCUGGGCAGAGUGCUCACAGAGCUGCGGUGGCGGGGUGCGCAGCCGCGGCAUCAGAUGUGUGAAUGAUGAAUCAGGAGAGGAGGAGAGGGCCGGCCUGUGUGGGAGAAGCAGCCGGCCUGACAGCUCCCAGGAAUGCAACCCUCAGGAAUGUAAAACGAAGACGGGUCCACCUUGCAGGAAGAACAGCAUGUCCAGCCGGUUCUGUGCGAAGCUGAAGCUUCUGGGUCGCUGUACCCUCAGGUCUGUUCAGAAGCAGUGCUGCGUCACCUGUAUGGCUUGACUGGACACGCGGCACCACCGGCACUCCCUCCAGCAGCCACGAACGAAACGGACACCUAUCCAGACCAGGAGUCACGAGACACACCAGGAGCCGGGUCAGCUCCUCUGUAUACUGAAACACACUUGCCGUCACAGUCCAUGGAACAUCUCAGCCUUUUUUUUUUACUUGAAUGGCAGCGUGUGGUGCUAGUGUUUUGGUCCAUUGGGAGCUCUUAUUGACAUUCCUUAACACUUUUUCAGUAUAAUUACCAAACGCGGUCAUACUCAGUUUACCAUCGUCAGGUGCAUCUAUACUGUCUGCUGCAUUUUGCAGCCCGCACUCCUAUAGUCUUUUCUCAUUUUUCUUCCACAUUUGUCCGUUUCCUCAUACAUGCACAACACGCUGAGCUGAGGACAAAUGAGAAGAAUAAAUAAGUCACUUUUGAACAUUAUAUGGUUUUUAUGGUUUGUAAUAAAAAUGCACAGUUCUAAGAGCAUCGGUACGUCCUGAUCAUUGGAAUUUACUAAAUAAGUCUACUUUUGCCCCUGACCACUAUCUGCCGGCUCCUUAAAAUGACUAUCUUGGGUCAAAAGCAUCCCUGUGUUAUCGAGCUGCUACUUGUAAACAUCGCCUCCCAGCCCUCCAACGCACUUUAUGUUUUCUUAAAAGAUUGCAAUGUCUUUUCAUGCUCAAGUUUAGCAGACAAUUGUAAGUGAUUAUUGUUUUCAGAACAGACUUGAAAAACUGCCCAUCCCCAAAGAUGUUAAAGUCGUAUUGAGGAUGACAUUAUAAGCAAGCAUUUUAGCAGUGGAAAAUAUUAAGGGGUUAUACCUUUAUUAUUGUUACUACUAAAAUUGCAUUUUCUUUUAUUAUUUGAAAACAUAAUUAUAAGGAAAUUAUGAAUGGGAGAAAGAUAGAUAGUCUUCAUUAUUCCCCUUUACUUAGGAGUUUAAGUAUUGAUAUUUAGUUGUGGGUUUGUAUGACUUCCUUGUGUCUCAUGUCAGACCUGAAAUGAUUGAUUGUAGAUUCUUCCUUUAUCAAAUCAAGUCCUUGACACUGAAUUCUGGUGUAGUCUAAUGACUAUUCAUUUAAGGAUUACAGGAUUUAAACAUUUGUCAAGUACAUUUAUUUCAACUUAUUUUAUCUUAUUAAGGAGCUUUGGAACUAUGGUACUAUAAAGAUGAUAUCAUUGUGGGUUUUGGAUCAGCGUAGUUGAUGCAAAUAUUUGAAUUAAGUGCAAUGCCUUUUACACUUCCUUUGACUCUUCAAAGGCCUGUUUGUAAACUCACCAGAUGGAUACAGACCCCAUCUCCCUCUAAUUCUGGACACGAGAUUCUGUGGAGGAUGCGUCUCCUGACACGUGUUUCUCUCUCUCUGAGCUCGGUGCUGGUUCUGGUGGUGGUGCUGCUGCUGUAUCACACAGUUCAUGGUCCACAGACACCCAGGAGAAGUUGCAUGAAGUGUUGCAGGUCAUCACUCUGUGGCCUUGAGUAGAGGCCAAAAUAUUAUAAUAAUUAAAAAUAAAUAAAUAAACUAAUUAUGCUUCACAGCUUAUCAAGUGCUGCUGAUACUGUGUGUCAUGUCUGUUGAUGAAUCAAUAAAUGCAGU